AUGCCAACACAAAUAUCCCUUCUCGUGUACAAGGGCGUGCCAGUAGACUUCUCCAAAUACCGACAUACAGCGCUACACGCCCUCUACUCCGACGGCCAACACGAUUGGCUUCACGCUGUCGGCGCACAUCCUUUCUUUAAGUUCCAAAAAGACAGCGAGAACCCCAUGUCGGAGCCACCAAUAGCUUGGAUCCCAGUGUGUACAGUGCCGGACUCUGUCACCAAGGCGAAGAUUAUUUUUGCUUGUGCUUGCACGUCGGUGCGCAAUGGCAAUAGCGAUCGAGAUUGGAACUGCCAGAACUGGGUGGGAGAGGCUUUGACUGAGCUCGUUAAGAUUGGCUGUUUGACCAAAGAAGAGCGCGGAGCAGCGAUUGGUAAGAUGGUGGAGACUAUCUUAGAGGCCGAGCUGGAAGAUGAUGGGAUGUUUUAG